AUGCAGGGGGGGGGCAGCACGCAGGGGGGGGGCAGCACGCAGCGCGGCACGGCCCGGCUCUUCAGCGUCCUGGAUCGUCUCCUGCUCACGCAUCCCGUGUGGCUGCAGCUGUCACUCAACCAGGACUCCGCCCUCUACAUCCUGCUCAGGGAGCCGGUGGGGACCUUCCUGGUGAGGAAGUGCAGCUCCAGCCACAGGAAGCUUCUGUGUGUGAGAGCGUCCGCCGACUCGAGUGCGUCCUCUGUGAAGGAGCGCUUCAUCUGUGAAGAGGACUCCACCUUCGCCCUGGAGAGCUCCGCCCUCAGCUUCCCUGACCUGUGUCGCCUGGUGGCCUUCUACUGCGUCAGCAGGGAUGUGCUGCCGUUCCCCCUGGAGCUGCCAGACGCCAUCGCUGAGGCCACGACGCACCGGCAGCUGGAGGCCAUCUCCCACAUGGGACAAGACUUCUGGAACUCGCCAGGUUCUUCAGACGUCCAGAACGGACCCGUGGCGCCGCCUGCUCCCUCCAGCGGACGCCAGGCCCCCCCGGCGGCGGUGACCCAGGACCGCGGCCCCCUGCUGAGCCGAGGCAGACAAGGCAAACUCUGCUUCAUCAACCCGCUCUUCCUGCAGCUGGAGGUGUUCAAGCCGCCGCCCCCCCACCACAGCGCCUCCAACAAGCGCCACCGCUUCAAGCGCAGCAUGCGGCUCCGCCUCUCCGAGACCUCGAUGAACCUGUCCCUGGAGGGGGGGGGCUCCUACUCCCCCCCGUCGUCCCUGGAGCAGCCGGACGGGUCCGAGCGGCUGCAGAGGAGGGUCCACCCGGGGGCCGGCGUCCUGAGGAGGACCCCCGCGGUGUCGCCAGGUUCUGCAGAGGAAGAGGACUCCGUGUCCCUCCAUGUCCCGGAGGCGUUUGCGAAGCCCCCCCACUCGGGCCGGGCGCCGCCGGGCAUCGAGCUGGCGGUCCUGGACCUGGAGCGCCGCCCGGCGCCGUCCCUGGCCGAGCUGGACAGCAGCAGCUCCUUCAGCAGCAUGGACGAGGAGGAGGACGAGGACGAGGACGGUUCGGUCCCAUGCCGGACACCCCCCCCCCAGCGGCCCCCCCUGGUGCGCUCCAGGGGGCGUGGCGGGCUGCACCGCAUGAGCGAGGCCUUUGUCUGCUUCUUCGCUCCGGACAAGCGCCUGACGAGGCUGGUGGAGGAGCUGUCCCGGGACAGGCGCUCCACCUUCGGGGGGGUGGUGCAGGACUUCCUGCUGGCACAGAGGGAGGAGCUAAAGUCCCUGGCCUCCUCUUCCUCACCCUCCUCUUCCUCAGCUCGGGGGGGGGCCGUGCAGCUGCUGCAGGGACUGAGACUCUUUCUGUCCCAGGCCAAGUGCUGCCUGCUGGACAGUGGAGAGCUGGAGCCGCCCAUCGAGACGCUGGUGCCCGAGGACGAGACAGACCUGGCCCUGGAGCGAGCCAUGUUCUCCUGCGUGCUGCGGCCCCUGAGGGCCCCCCUGGAGAAGGCCCUGGUGGCGCUGCACAGCCAGGACGGCUCCAGCCGGCGCCUCAGCCAGAACCUGCUGCGUCUGAAAGGGGGCGGAGCCAUGGAGCGGCUGGGCGUGCGGACGGGGGUCCCGGACCGCCGGGGGGUGGAGCGGGUGAAGCAGAAGCUGGAGCUGAUGCAGCGAACGCACUCGCCCAUCGACAAGGUCCUGCUGCUGCUGCAGGUCUGCAAGGUCGUCCACAAGGCCAUGGGCCGGCUGGGACAGGAAGUGAGCUGGGAGGACUUCCUGCCGGCCCUGUCCUACGUGCUGGUGCAGUGUAACCGGGCCCACACGCUGCUGGAGGUGGAGUACAUGAUGGAGCUGCUGGAGCCGUCCUGGCUCGGGGGGGAGGGUGGUUACUACCUGACCAGCGUGUUCGCCAGCCUGCGUCUGAUCCAGAGUCUGGACGGCGAGCAGCCGGUGGCGUGCUGCCUGACGCCCGAGGCCCAGGAGGCGCUGGAGGAGUGGAGCAGCAGGAGGAGCCGGGACGCCCAGAGACAGAAGGAGAGCCAGCAGAACCAGAGGUGCGUGAGGAUUCUGUUCCAGGACGGCGAGCGCAGCGCCGUGCGGACGCUGACGUGGCGAGCGGGCGAGAGCAGCCAGGCGCUGGCCACGCUGUGCGCCGACACCUUCGGCGUGUCCGACCCGCAGCAGUACGUCCUGUACUGGCGCAGCGGGGGGGAGAUGCGGGCGCUGCCCCCGGAGGCCCGCCCCCAGGACCUGGCGGGCCACAGCGAGGGGGGGCCGUCGCUCUCCUACCUGAGGACCGACCACGACUUCAGCAAGAUGCGGCGGCUCACCAGGGGGGGGGCGGUGGACCUGAGCGAGUCGGUGUGUGAGGAGUGA